ACCUCACACCCACACUCAUCUCCUCCCUCAUCUACUCCUCUCUCUCCUCUCAAACAAACCGCCAACCACCAUCUGCUGAGUGGUGGCGGACGACAAAGAACACAAGAACCACCACAGCCGGUGGCGCUGUGGUGGUUAACAUCGGACCCGAGAUGGCAGAGAGGAGAGAGAGCGACCGGUGGAAAGACAGAAACAGGCGAGAAAGAGAGAGGGAGAGCGACCGAAGAAGAAGAAGGGAGCCGGCCGAUCACCGGCGACCCCCCGGCGGCGGCGCCGCUGGAAGUGAUGGCUGUAGAAAUCGGCGUUUGGGGCUGAAGUUACUGUUUUUAGCACCACCUCUGCUAAGGAGAAAGAAGCAAUUGAGGGACUUAACGCUGAUCAUUUCAUAAACAGCAAGGAUGAACAAAAGAUGGAGGCUUUUAGGGGUACACUUGAUGACAUCAUCGACACAGUAUCUGCAAAUCAUCCAAUUGCACCAUUGCUUAAUGCACUUACACCCCAUGGAAAGCUUGUUCUUGUUGGUGCACCUGAAAAACCACUUGAAGUAGCAUCAUUUUCUUUGAUCAUGGAAUUUGACAAGAUGGAACAUGAACAGCUUGAAACAACUUCAUCUUCAAUGAGAUCAAGUGAUGAUAAUAUCAAAGGGGAAAUCAAGCAAUCAGGACCCUCCAAAUUCCCCUUAACUUUUCUUCAAAUGGCGGGUGCAUCCGCCGUCGUUUUGUUCUUUGCCGUUGGUCUCACCGGAGUUUACCUAACCUUGCCGGAAUCUGAUUAUAGUUUUCUUAAGCUUCCAAGAACUAUUGAAGAUCUUCAUAUUCUCAGAGAUCAUCUGGAGAACUACACGAGUGACUACACGCUACAGGUUCUCGUGGGUUACUGCACAGUUUACAUCUUUAUGCAAACAUUUAUGAUCCCAGGAACCGUGUUUAUGUCAUUGCUAGCGGGAUCCCUCUUCGGUGUAUUAAAAGGUGUAGCCUUGGUGGUCUUUGCAGCCACCGCGGGUGCAUCGUCAUGCUACUUUUUAUCUAACUUAAUCGGGCGUCCCCUUAUCAAUUCGCUUUGGCCCGAUAAACUUGUUUUCUUCCAAGAUCAGGUGGCUAAAAGGCGAGGCGGGCUGCUGAAUUACAUGCUUUUCCUAAGGUUGACACCAACGUUGCCAAACACGUUUAUUAACGUUGCAUCGCCAAUCGUUAACGUGCCGUAUCAUAUUUUCUUCUUGGCGACUUCAAUCGGGCUCAUUCCAGCAGCUUAUUUAACCGUCAGGGCUGGAAUAGCUCUUGGUGAACUACGGUCGAUUGGGGACUUGUAUGACAUACAAUCAAUAGGGACCUUGUUUCUCAUAGGGCUUGCGUCGAUUACACCUACACUGAUGACAAAGAACAGACCAUAGAGUUUAGUUGUUGUACAGAUGUAGCAUCUACGUUGGAUCGAGCUCGGGUUAUGUUAGCCUCGGGGCUGUGAAGGAAGGAAUCUUCUGUUAAAUGUUUUUGUUUUAUGUAAUGAUGUUAAAUAAAUUUGAAUUUGUUAGUUUGUAUGUGAAAGACCUUUAGAUCUUCAGGUGUCAAUAAAUUUGAAUCAUAUAUGCAAGUCUUUGGUGGUGUUUGUUUUUUGUGAGAA